AUGGCAGUCAACUUUAAUAAUAUUAAUAAUGCUAAUUUAGUUAUCAUAAAUUGGAAUGCCAAUGGACUUAAACAAAACAGAAAUACUUUUGCUGCAUUUUUGAACUCUCACAAUGUAGAUAUAGCCUGCAUCAGCGAGACGCAUUUAAUGAACGCAGAUAAAAUAACAUUUAAUGGCUAUGUCACUUAUCGCAAAGACAGAUUAGCAGCUCGACCUUCAGGUGGCGUAGCUGUUAUAAUUAAAUCUAAAAUAAAACACCACCACACUUUUAUACCUGUUCUGCAAUCAUUGGAAGCAGUGGCAAUUACUAUAUCUAUCAACAAUGUAAUUACUACUCGAAUUAUUGCAUAUCAAUCUCCAAGUUUUAAAAUGUUCACAAGUGAUUUCGAUAAAAUUCUUUGCAGUUUUCAAAAAGUAAUGAUUAUUGGUGACCUGAACUCCAAACAUACAUAA